AUGGAGCCAUUGUCCUGCCAGGGCAGCUGGCACCCUGACUUCAGCCCCACUGCAUUGGGAUCCCAGGCCCAGGGUGGCCAGGCAGCCCUCUGGGAGCCAGCCCAGGGCCAAGGCACUCUGAGACCUCCCCAGGCAAGCACAUCUACUGGGAGCUGCUGCUGGGACGAGGCUGAAGCAAAGUUUCCACAUCAGGCUUCAGACAUGGAGAAAAAAACCCCACUGGUUAUAUCUUUAUUUGCUUUUGCCUUUGGAGUAAAUGUCUGCAUGGGAUUUACAACAAAUCGAUUUAGGAGAUCUGAAGAAUGGGAUGAGGGCCCGGUCUCAGUCCUGUCUGAUUCCCCCUGGAUCAGUACCUCUGGCUCCUGCAAAAACAGAUGCUUUGAACUUGAAGAGGCAGAGCCUCCUGGCUGCCGCUGUGACAACCUGUGCAAGAGUUACAACAGCUGCUGCUUCGACUUUGAUGAGCUAUGCUUAAAGACAGCUCGGGGCUGGGAAUGUACCAAAGACCGCUGUGGAGAAACCAGGAAUGAUGACAAUGCUUGUCACUGCUCUGAAGACUGCUUAAGUAGAGGAGAUUGUUGUACUAAUUACCAAGUCGUUUGCAAAGGAGAAACCCACUGGGUGGAUGAUGACUGUGAAGAGAUAAAGACUCCUGAAUGUCCUGCAGGCUUUGUUCGUCCUCCUUUGAUUAUCUUCUCUGUUGAUGGUUUCCGUGCAUCAUAUAUGAAGAAAGGAAGUAAGGUGAUGCCCAAUAUUGAAAAACUGAGAUCUUGUGGAACACAUUCUCCUUACAUGAGACCUGUCUACCCUACAAAAACCUUCCCCAACUUGUACACCCUUGCUACUGGACUUUAUCCUGAAUCACAUGGAAUCGUUGGCAAUUCGAUGUAUGACCCAGUGUUUGAUGCCAGCUUCAGCCUUCGAGGGCGAGAGAAAUUCAAUCACAGAUGGUGGGGAGGUCAACCAAUUUGGAUUACUGCAGCCAAGCAAGGAGUGAAAGCUGGCACAUUCUUCUGGUCUGUUGUCAUCCCCCAUGAGCGCAGAAUAUUAACAAUACUGCAGUGGCUAACCCUUCCAGACAAUGAAAGGCCUUAUGUUUAUGCUUUCUACUCUGAGCAACCAGAUGCUGCUGGCCAUAGAUAUGGUCCUUUCAACUCAGAGAUGAUGGUGAAUCCCCUGAGAGAGAUUGACAAGACAGUAGGACAGCUAAUGGAUGGACUGAAACAGUUGAAAUUACAUCGAUGUGUCAAUGUCAUCUUCGUUGGUGAUCAUGGGAUGGAAGACAGUACUUGUGAAAGAACUGAAUUUUUAAGCAACUACCUGACCAAUGUGGAAGACAUUGUUUUGCUGCCUGGAUCUUUAGGGCGAAUUCGCCCUAAAUCUAUCAGUAACCUAAAAUAUGACCCUAAAGUGAUUGUUGCCAACCUUACCUGUAGAAAGCCAGACCAGCACUUCAAGCCUUACUUGAAGCAGCACCUGCCUAAGCGCUUGCACUACGCCUACAACCGAAGAAUCGAGGAUGUCCAUUUGCUGGUGGAUCGCAAAUGGCACGUGGCAAGAAAAGCUGUGGACGUUUACAAGAAACCAACGGGAAAAUGUUUCUUCCAUGGAGACCAUGGCUAUGACAACAAGAUAAACAGCAUGCAGACUGUCUUUAUAGGUUAUGGCCCUACAUUCAAAUACAAGACCAAAGUACCUCCUUUUGAAAAUAUUGAACUAUACAACGUCAUGUGUGAUCUCCUUGGAUUAAAGCCUGCUCCUAAUAAUGGCACUCAUGGAAGUUUAAAUCACCUGCUGAGAGCCAAUGUUUAUAAACCAACUGUACCAGAUGAAGUUGCUAAACCACUCUAUCCUGUUGCUCUACCUUCUGCAUCAGAUUUUGAUAUAGGAUGUACAUGUGACGAUAAGAAGAACAAGUUGGAUGAACUCAACAAGCGUUUUCAUGUCAAGGGAACAGAAGACAAGCAUCUUCUAUAUGGGCGCCCUGCAGUGCUGUACCGCACAAAAUACAAUAUCUUGCAUCACCAUGACUUUGAAAGUGGCUACAGUGAAACAUUCCUGAUGCCUCUCUGGACAUCCUACACUAUUUCCAAACAGGCAGAGGUAUCAAGUGUUCCAGAACACCUGGCCAGCUGUGUGAGGCCUGACCUCCGCAUUUCUCCAGGGAACAGCCAGAGCUGCUCAGCCUACAGAGGCGACAGACAGCUGUCCUAUGGCUUCCUUUUCCCUCCUCAAUUAAGUUCCUCCACAGAAGCAAAAUAUGAUGCUUUUCUAAUAACAAAUAUUAUUCCAAUGUAUCCUGCAUUCAAAAAGGUAUGGAAUUAUUUCCAAAGAGUUUUGGUGAAGAGGUACGCCACUGAACGAAACGGAGUCAAUGUCAUAAGUGGACCAAUCUUUGACUAUGACUACGAUGGUUUGCAUGACACACCUGACAAAAUAAAACAGUUUGUGGAAGGCAGUGCCAUCCCUGUUCCUACUCAUUACUAUGCCAUCAUAACCAGCUGCUUAGAUUUCACUCAGCCAGCUGACAAGUGUGAUGGACCACUCUCUGUUCUCUCAUACAUCCUUCCUCACCGGCCUGACAAUGAUGAGAGCUGCAAUAGCUUGGAGGAUGAAUCAAAGUGGGUUGAAGAUCUUCUCAAGAUGCACACUGCUCGUGUGCGUGACAUUGAGCAGCUCACAAGCUUGGACUUCUUCCGAAAGACCAGCCGCAGCUACACAGAAAUCCUCUCCCUAAAGACAUACCUGCAUACGUUUGAAAGUGAAAUUUAG